CUGUCACUUCCGCGUUUAUAAUAAUAGACGAGUCGAGUUGCUUUGUCAGGAUCAGGAUUUAGAUAAUUAUGGUGACGCUAGUUCUCUCCAUCCUCGCCAUUUUCACGGUGUUCAUUGUCUGCGUCGUCAUCUGGACCGUGGGUACAUCCACGAAGACAACGAAGCACAAAGUUUGAGGUCUAAAUACAACAAAGAUCACGGCGGAUCAUAUCACAACUAAUGAUGCCGUCGAAAGACCGAAAGAAGCCGCCUGAUCGGGGCGAAGGACGAUCGGCCGCCAGCGCUGCAGGCGCAAACUGCGUUGCUACUGCUACUCAAACUACCGAGCAUUACCCUCCUAACUUCGGACGUUCUAACCGGGGAAGAUGCGGGUGGAAAGCGCUGACAUUCCUGUCCCUGUUUGUGGCCGUGGUUGCUGUGAUGGCUGGCAACUUAGCCAACAGAAUCAUGAUGGAGACAUUUGUGAUGGAGGAAAUGAAACUUACCAUUGGAGAAGAGGGAGUGAGCAUCUUUAAUGCGUAUGACAGAGACGGUGAUGGACAUCUCAAUGUUAUUGAGUUUGAACCUCUCUUGGAAAGAUUGAAUAUUGAAGACACAGCUGAGAGAGGAGACUUUACCUAUGGAGAUGAAGAUCUUGACCCAGCUGAAGAGGUCUUGACCAUAGAAGCAAACUUUAUCCCUCUCCAGCAAGACACCAUGUCCAAGGCAAAGGAUCAGUCAUUUUUGACCAGUAGAUCAUCUCUAUCCUCCCUGGACAGCUGGAAGACACCCAAAGAGGAGAUGACCGCCUUCCCGGCCAGUGCCUUCCGUCCUCUCCUUCCAGAGAACCAUGUCCAGGUCAGCAAGGUCUACACCAUCAUCAAGUCCAAGCUCAACAUGAUGACCAAUCAGCUGUCCAGUAACCGCUACUUUCCGCCAAGGGUCAAGGGCAAGGAGAUCAUCGUCCAUAGACUACUCAGUGUCUUCCAUUCAAGGCCAUUUAUCCACUCCAGGUUUGGACCGCAGGGUACAGUGGCCGUUGUCAAGGCAGUCAGUGCGGACUAUGUGGAUAUCGUCUUCAGAACCCAUGCAGAGUUUCAGCUGAAUGAGCCUCCAAGCCAUCCAUUCUGGUUCACACCGGCUCAGUUCAUAGGUCAUCUUAUCAUCAGAAAAGAUGCAUCACAUGUUAAAUACUUCAAUAUGCACGUCCCUUCAAAUAGGAGCCUGAAUGUGGACAUGGAGUGGAUGAAUGGGCCCAACGAGGUCGAAAACAUGGAGGUCGACAUCGGCUUCAUGCCCAAGAUGGAACUCCAUGCUCCCAACCCAUCCUCUCAGGUGACCAUAUACUCCGAGUCCGGCGAAGUCCUCUAUGAACCGUCCAAUCAGCAAGAGAUGUCAAGCGGGACUAUCCAUUGGGAUGAAGAGAUCAGCAUGGAGGAGGCCCUCGUCCUGUUAGAGAAGGAGAUGUAUCCAUUUAAAAAGAUUGAAUAUAUGCCCUUGAAUGCAGCAUUCAAAAGAGCCCAUGCAGAGAGGAAGCUGGUGCAUCAUGUCUUACUCUGGGGCGCAUUAGAUGACCAGUCAUGCUGAGGUUCUGGGCGGACUUUACGAGAGACGUCUCUUGAAAGUCCGCCCGUCCUUCAGCUGCUUGGCAGCCAUUAUGUCAGCAGCUGGUCACUCGUUGCUGAGCUUGAGGUCAUCAAACAGAACAAAAGUGACCCUGAGUAUGCAGCAUUAGCUUCCAUGUCAUUAGAAAAAUAUAAUUUUCCAGUAGAAAUGCUUGUAUCAUUGCCAAAUGGAACUGUAAUUCAUCACAUCAAUGCCAAUGAUUUACUGGAUGCAAGUAAUACUGAGAAUGCAAGUAUCCUAGAUACAUUCACCGAUCCCUUAGUUACAAACUAUGCAAAGUUCUUGAAGGAAGGCAUCAGCAAAGCAGAGGCAGUUGGUUUCUAAUCAAACAGACGUGCCAUGAAGUACUUCCAUAUAUCCUAAUAUAAUUCUGUAACAAGUGCCGUAGUUCAUUUGUGACAGCAAAGAUAUGUGCCCUAAAUACUUAACUCAUUACUAAAUGUUGAGAUAAUCCUAAAUUCUAUCUCUAAAGUUUGGAAAACAUGGAACAAUCUGUUUUUUAUUUUCUGUUUUUCUAAUGUGCCAAAUACAAAGCACUAUGUCUUUCUUCUGUCAAGUAAACAAGUAUCUUCAAAACUCAUCUAGAUGCUUGUUAUUAAAAUUGAUCCAUGUGUGUGUGGUAGCAAAAUGAUUGCAUGCUCAUUCUUGCCCUUGCUGCGAUGGAACUUUUCUUUUAGAUGCCUUGACAAUGGAAAUUACUCUGUAGCUCUAGAAACUGACUGUUGAAUAAGGUAGAAAGGUGUAGCUGAAAUAUACAUCACAAAAAUGUUAAAAAAUGAGAAUAGAUACCUAAUAAAUCAGAAAGGAGAAUCAUAAACCUGCAAUCAUCCAAUGAAAAUUUACUUUGUGAUUUCAAUUUGACAUAUUCCUGUGAAAGUAAACUCCUAGAUGUAACUUUGCAAGUGUGAAAUUUUCAGCAUUAUAUACAUUGAAAUCCAUUUUGGAAACUAAACUCCUAAAUGUAUCUUUGCAAGUGUGAAAUUUUCAGCAUUAUAUACAUUGAAAUCCAUUUUGGAAUAAAUAGAUCGGGAAAGCAAUAACAGUUCAUUCAAUUAGGAAUUUCAACUUAAACUUGUAAUAAGAAAAGUGUCUUGUUUUAACAUCUCGUUAAUAAUCAAUGUGUACUAUCAGUGAGCGUUUUUCACAAUUAACAUUGUGAAUCAUAUGACGGUUGAUUCUUUUUUUAUUUUGUAAUUAUUUUAGUACAGGAGGGUUUUUAUUGAAAAAAAUAUUGUGUAAGAGGUUUGACACAUAAUAGGUUCUUGGACUUUCUUCCCUCUGAUUGGAUCUAUGAUGAUCUUGCCAUAAAGCUGCUUGCAUGCUGGGUAAUAUUUGAUGCCAAUUUACCAAUCAGCACAGGGAAAUAGUCCAAUAAUCUAGUUGUAUGGUCUCUACCAUUAAAAAAAAAGCUUGUAACAUAUGAACUGAGGUGUUUCCCUGAUUAUUUUCAUUUUUUUUUGUAACGGGGUGACCAGUUUCACCUUGAGAAGUGUAUGAAUUGAUGUUAAUAACUGAUAUGUGGUGACAGUGGCGUGAUAUAAAAUAAAUGUACUGUUAUUCUGGUAGAACAGUCUAUCAGAUAUCACUUAGGAUUUGUGUGUGACGUGCGUAUGAUGCAAAAAUGAGACUCAUGUACAUGUAUAAACAAAGUUUCUACCAUUGUUGGCUGUAAAUAAAUUCAACAAGAGUUGCAUUUUUGGAUUCAUCAUUGAUCAGAUUUUCCAUAUCAACACUUCCUCAUCCUUUGUGAUUGUUCUAAGAGCAAAAGGAUGGGUGGAGUAAUACCAGGACAAUGAUAGUAUGUUAGAUGAGAUCAACAAUAUUGGAAUAGAUAUUUAUAUGGGUCUUAUGGAAAGUAUUAAAUCAAAGCGAUUGAUCAUGAAUUUGAUGCUUAAUCUUGACUUCCAUGAGACAAUUCUUAAAGUCUAACCAAUAAUUUUUAGCAGUAGCUAUUAAUUACCUACAUUAGAGUUUACUUUUGGUGCUGUAAAAAUCAUGAAUCUAUAAUUCCUUAUGCUAUUUAGUUUUGUAAUUAAACUGACUUUAUUAUGAAGUGACUUUCAACAAAACCAAAUAGGAUUGCAGAGACUAAAGAAAUCAACUCAAAUGCAAUUCCAAUAUCAUGAUGCCUUUAGAAAUCAUGUCCAAACUAUGGUAUGUGUCAUUGUAAGUUUCACACAAUUCAAUUUUAUUUUAUUUUUAUUUUUUUUGCUGUUGUUGAUUUUUUGGGGGGAUUUUAAAUAGUAACUGAGACCAUGUUGAUUUUGUUAGAUAUAUGAAUUACAUGACUGGAAUAUGGUAGAUAUUAAUAUAUCAAAUAUAAUCAGUAUCAAGAUGAAUUGAUUAUUAUAUAUAUUUUUCAUAACUGUUAAUUUGACAAUGUUUCUAUUCUAAUGUUAUUAGAUGCAAGCCAGUCUGUAUGAAAGGUACUUUUUUUUUUUAAACAAAGACUACUAUUAUUUUCUUCUGUUUGCACAUUAACUGUGCUUUUGGAUCAUAAGCUGAUUAAUCAUACUUAAGAUACCUGUAGUCAAAACGUUUUGUUGAAAACAAGACCAACAUAUAUAAGUUUGUUACCAGUCACGUUUGUAAAAAAAUACAUAUUUUUUGUAGACAAACAUGAUGAAAUGAAAUUCUCUGUGGCCAAAUAAUGGAAAUAUAAACUCUGAAAAA